AUGGCGGGAGUAAUUGAGAUCAAUGAGGCCACAAGAUUCUUGGGAAGUUGGGGCAGAUACCCAGUUCCCAAACCUGCACUGGUCUUACAUCUGGAGAGAGGGGAUUUGCUUUGGGGCCUGGAACAGGAAGAUCCACCUGCAAAAGGGACCAAAGACAUCUGUAAAGAUACCAGAACCAACAUUGACAUUGAGUCAACACCAACACGGGGAAUUUCUGAAGAAAGAGAUACGAUGUCACAUGGGCCGCAGAAGAAUGUUCUUAAGAAAAACAGCUUCCCAGCAACAUGUGAAUUGGAGAAGCACCAGGAAAUCCCCAGAGCAAAAAAUAUUAGAAGAAGGGUUCCAAGAAUCCACUAUGAUAGGAAACCCUUCAGAUGUGAGGAGUGUGGGAAGUGCUUUAGCUAUUUUUCUUACUGUGUUAGACACCAGGGAAUCCACACUGGGGAGAAACCCUUUGAGUGUAAUGAGUGUGGAAAAGUCUUUAAUGGCAAUUCUUUGUUAAUAUGGCAUCAGAGAAUCCACACUGGAGAGACCUAUCAGUGUGAGGAGUGUGGGAGAGUCUUUAAUGAUAACACAAAUCUAAUCAGACAUCAGAGAAUCCACAGUGAAGACAGACCCUAUUUCUGCAAGAAGUGUGGAAAUGGUUUUACCAGUAGUUCUGAGUUUGUUUUACAUCAGAGAAUCCACGCAGGGGAGAAACCCUUUGAGUGUAGUGAGUGUGGAAUAGCUUUUACUGGUAAUUCAUCACUACUUCGACAUCAGAAAACCCACAAUGGAGAGAAACCCUGUGAAUGUAAUGAGUGUGGCAAAAGCUUUGGAAGGACUUCUCAUCUUAGUCAACAUCACCAUAUUCACACUGGGGAAAAGCCUUAUUCUUGUAAAAUAUGUGGGCCCUUCAAUUUUCUUAAAAAACUAACUCGGCACCAGAGAGUCCAUAGUGAGGAGAAAACUUUUGACUGUGUAGAUUGUGGUGAAACCGUUAGUAUUCAGUAUCAUUUAAAAAGGUAUCUAAGAAUCCAUAUUCAGGAGUCUUCCUAUGUAUGUAAUGAGUGUAAAAAAAUCUUCACUAGCAAAAGAAAUCUGCUUCAGCAUCAAAGAGUCUGUAGUAGAAAAAAAAAAAAAAAUGAAUGUGUCAAAUACGAAGAAACAUUCAGGACUUCUUCCCAGCUAGAUCAUGUCUAUCCAGGAGAGAAGCCUGCACUGGAUAUUGGUUGUUUUGGCCUCCUGGAAUUUUUUACCCCCUUUAACUUGUAAUAGUACACUAAAUUUCCUUUCAGAUUCCAUCUUCCACUCAGGAGUAGAAUGUGUGACACAGGUCCAGCUCAGCUGCAGAUUCUUCCCUGCAAGCUUUUGGUUCAGGUGUCAGUACGUGACCCAAGAUGGUCCAGUUAGAAUUCCAGGACUUGGCAAGGGUUAACAGAAAGAAAUACCCUUCUUUUCCCUUUGGUCCUUUUUUUUUUAAUUGAAGUGUAAUCAGUUACAAUGUGUCAAUUUCUGGUGCACAGCACAAUGUCCCAAUGAUGCAUAUAUAUACACAUACUUGUUUUCAUAUUAUUUUUCAUUAAAGGUUAUUAUAAGAUAUUGAAUAUA